UGAGUCGUGUGUGUUUUUAUGUAUAUUUAAUAAUAUCAAGAUUUAAAGCUGAGUGAUAUCCUUUAGAGGUGGGUACCUGAGGUAUGUCUGUGUCGGUGCUUAACCAUGUGUUAGUAUAAUUUACCCUGUAUAUUUGUGUCGAUCUGUGGGGUCAGGCUCCAUAAAGUCCCUCCUUUAAUAAUGGUGGCCCAGAUGGUUCUUGGUGCGGACGAUUCCCCUACAAACACGCCGCCGCGAUCAAACGGCGACCCUGGUAGCCGGCACCACGGCAGGUUUUGUCAACAGUAAAUUCAGCAACAACACAUAAUUAUUUAAUAAGCUAUGGCUGUGACCACGUUAGUUUGUGGCUUUGCGGUUUCAUCUAGUUUUACCGCCGAGUAAUGUAGAAUGAUUGGAUUCCCCUUAUUCAAGAAAUGCCUUUAAAUUAAUGUCUUACAUGCAGUUUAGCAAUACAAUGAUUUUUAUAAUAACGUACACCUCCGGAAGACAAAUUUUCUCAGCAUUCUGAUGCUGAGCUGCUGUAUGAACAGCUGUAGUUUUUUAUUGUCUUUUAUGCAUAAUGGGUGCCGAUAACACUGUGCCAUGUGUAAAUCCCUGAUUGUGACCAUAUUGGUUUAUUAUUAGACUGGAGAAUAUAAUGUGCUGUUGGAGUACGUUUUAGGUUUGUUAUAUAUUUGGGCCUGGUAGAUGCAGGAUUGUCUGUCAGUUUGCCUGUAGGGGCCAGCCUUCUUGGACAAGCCAACGAAAACACGUGAUGCGGCAUCUCUGUCUUUUGAUACCUUAUACGUUAUGCAUUUUUUAUCGUACCGAAAUGAACAUCCUGUCAAGGGUGUACCCCAAUCUAGUGCACUAUUACUACCUGGGGUAGGUUCCUGCCCCGCCCAGGAUAAACAGUUACAAGUAGGAUGCAUGGUGGUGUUCAGAUGUGACGUGAGUGAAUUUUUUAUUAUUAUUUUUUUUGUCUGCUAAUUUGUUGGAGCCAUCGGUCACAUGCGUCUUCACCUACAUUGAUGGACUGGGUCCUCUGGUGAUCGACAUCAAAACCCAAACAGAGGGCUGGAUGAAGCCUCAGCUAACUAUAGGUGGACCCUCACGCUCCUCAGCCAAAGGCAGUGGCAUGCACGUCCUGCCCAUCUGCUGAGUCAGAGCAUUGCGAGGGACGUGGAGCUGCCCGGAGAUGAAAGGAAAUCCAAAAGCGAGUUCUCUAAAGCUCAGCCGUUUCCUAAUGGGGACAGUAGAGAGGGUAGAGCAAUGUCUGGAGGUCAGAAGUGAACUGGAAGCACAGCUAGUGUGAGGGGGCUCGUCCCAGCCACCUGAGCCCCGGGGGGACAGCUGUGCCCCUGGACCAUGGGGGAUGGCGGCGUCGGAAAUGGAGGAGAGUCGGUGAACCAGUCGCAUGUCCUCUUCGACCGCUUCGUUCAGGCGACCACCUGCAAAGGGACACUUCGAUCCUUCCAAGAGCUAUGCGACUUCCUGGAGCUGAAGCCCAGCGAGUACCGCAUCUUCUACCACAAGCUCAAGUCUAGGCUCAACUACUGGAAGGCCAAGGCCCUCUGGGCCAAGUUGGAUAAGAGGGCCAGCCAUAAAGACUAUAAAAAGGGCCGUGCCUGCACCAACUCAAGGUGCCUGAUCAUCGGUGCAGGACCAUGUGGCCUCCGGACGGCCAUAGAGCUGAGCUUCCUGGGAGCCAAGGUGGUGCUGCUGGAGAAGCGGGAUGCCUUCUCACGCAACAAUGUGUUGCACCUCUGGCCCUUCACCAUCCAGGACCUGCGUGGUCUUGGGGCAAAAAAGUUCUAUGGGAAGUUCUGCGCUGGAGCCAUUGACCACAUCAGUAUCCGCCAGCUCCAGCUCAUUCUGCUAAAGGUCGCUUUGCUGCUGGGCAUAGAGAUCCAUGUCAACGUUGAGUUCAAGGGGUUAGUCGAGCCACCAGAGGACCAGGAGAAUGAGAGAAUAGGAUGGAGAGCCGAGGUUUCCCCAGGGACACAUCCUGUGAAUGAGCUGGAGUUUGACGUUGUCAUUGGUGCAGAUGGUAGAAGAAACACUCUGCCUGGGUUCCGUAGAAAGGAGUUCAGGGGCAAGCUGGCCAUCGCCAUAACGGCUAACUUCAUCAACCGCAACACCACGGCUGAGGCUAAGGUGGAGGAGAUCAGUGGUGUGGCCUUCAUCUUCAACCAGAAGUUCUUCCAAGACCUGCGGGAGGCCACAGGAAUCGACCUGGAAAACAUUGUCUACUACAAGGAUGACACGCAUUACUUUGUCAUGACUGCCAAAAAGCAAAGUCUACUGGAGAAGGGAGUCAUCCUGCAUGACCAUGCCGACACGGAGCUGCUGCUGUCCCGAGGCAACGUGGACCAGGCUGCCCUGCUGGCCUACGCCCGCGAAGCGGCCGACUUCUCCACCAACCACCAGCUGCCCACGCUGGACUUCGCCAUAAACCACUAUGGGCAGCCGGACGUGGCUAUGUUCGACUUCACCUGCAUGUACGCGUCAGAGAACGCGGCGCUGGUGCGACAGCGUAACGGGCACCAGCUGCUGGUGGCGCUGGUGGGGGACAGCCUGCUGGAGCCCUUCUGGCCCAUGGGCACGGGCAUCGCCAGGGGCUUCCUGGCAGCCCUGGACUCGGCCUGGAUGGUGCGCAGCUGGUCGCAGGGCACCGCGCCGCUGGAGGUGCUGGCUGAGAGGGAGACCAUCUAUCGCCUCCUUCCUCAGACUACCCCCGAGAAUGUCAGCAAGAACUUCAGCCAGUACAGUGUGGACCCCACCACACGCUACCCCAACAUCAACCUCCACUCCCUCAGGCCCAACCAGGUGCGACACCUCAUAGACACGGGGGAGUGCAGGGACCCACGAAUUGAUAUGGAGAAUGCAGUCAAUGCUUUGACACCCAAGCUAACACGACACGAAUAUGGUCAGCUUGAGAACAUUUUGGAAGACUCCAUAGCCCGAUCCAGCAAGCUGCUGAGCUGGUGUCAGCGGCAGACGCAGGGCUACCGGAAUGUCAGCGUCACCGACCUCACCACGUCCUGGAAGAGUGGCCUGGCCCUGUGUGCCAUCAUCCACCGCUACCGGCCCGACCUCAUUGAUUUUGACUCCCUAGAAGAGCGAGACCUGGAGAAAAACAACCAGCUAGCGUUCGAUGUGGCCGAGCAGGAGUUUGGCAUCUCGCCCAUCAUGACUGGCAAGGAGAUGUCAUCAGUGGGGGAGCCCGACAAGCUCUCCAUGGUCAUGUACCUCAGCCAGUUCUAUGAGAUGUUUAAGGACACGGUGCCCCCUGGUGACAACAACAACCUCAGUCCGGAGGACAAGGCAGCCCUGAUCGCCAGCACAAAGUCUCCCAUUUCCUUCUUGAGCAAACUUGGACAGAGCAUCACCCGCAAGCGUAACCCUAAGGACCAGAAGGAGAAGGAGCUGGAAGGCAAGAGGAGGAGAACCAGCCUCACCGAAGAUGAGGGGUUCCCGAGGGUCCGUUGUGAGGACCGGCACGGUCUGGCCACCGCCCUGACGGAGCGCCGGGUUGAUGCCGUAGCCGGCGGCAACAACAACAACAAAGUGAAGUCCAUGGCGUCUCAGCUGCUGGCCAAGUUUGAGGAGAACGCCCCCGUGCCUUCCUCAGGCCUGAAGAGACAGACACGGGGGGGCUCAAUGCCCAACCUGGACUUUCUGCUGCCUGCUUCUUCAUCGCUCGUAUCCCAGAAUGAUCCGCUGUAUCUUUCCCACAUCCCCGCCUGGACAAAGGCCAGAAGCUGUUCCAGCUCACGGAGCUGCCCUAAGAAAAUCAUUCUACUCUCCUCCUCUUCCUCCACCUCUUCCUCGCCCUCUCUUCAUGCGCAGGAGCCGCAGCUCCCCCUUGAGGACCACACAGCUACAUACACCCCUAAUGUCUGUCUGGCCUCUAGGCUUAAAGACAAGCCUGAGAAGCCACAGCCCAUGAGAAAACCUCCGCGCUCCUUUUUAGAGCAGUGGUAUCAGUCUCGGGGUCUCAGUCCUGGCAGCCCUUCUCUUUCCCAUGACUACCUCUGUCAGGAGUCGCAUGUCCCUCCCUCAGAGGACCAAGUGUCUUUACACAUCCCUAGUGUUAAGGAGAGGGCCACCUGUCUUGCCUCUGCGCUUACAGACAAGCCUGAGAAGCCACAGCCUUUCAAAAAGCCUUCGUGCUUCUUUAUCGAGCGGUGGCACCUGUCUCGAGGUCUGCGCUCUGCCCGUGUCCUGUCCUCCUCGAACGCCCUUCGACAGAGCUAUAUUAAGAUGUACACAGGGGGAGUGAGCUCAUUGGCUCAGCAGUUAGCCAAUCAGCUUCAGAAUCAGGAGGAGCCCAAGCCCUUCCUUAACAAGAAGGAUUUGUGCUCCCUGCGGAAGGAGUUUCCACAGAACAUCGGAGGCAGCGAUGUCUGUUACUUCUGCCAUCGGCGGGUCUAUGUGAUGGAGCGUCUGAGCGCUGAGGGCAAGUUCUUCCACCGCAGCUGCUUCAAAUGCGACUACUGUGGCACCACGCUGCGCCUGUCGUCCUACGCCUUCGACCUGGAGGACGGGAAAUUUUACUGCAAGCCUCACUACUGCUACCGCCUGUCUGGUCAAGCGCAGAGGAAGAGGCCAGCUCCCACCGCCCCACUCAUCACCAAGGAAAACAAGGUCACCCCGUCUGCACCCAAUGCCGUAGACUCCACGGGACGGGCGAUGGCCACCGUGUCCCCUGGAGAACUCCGGCCCCCAGUGGCAGAGGUAAACGGUGUCCUGGAAGCCUGCCUGGCCAAGCGUCCACGUGGCACACCAGAGCGCAUCGAGCUGGAGAACUACCGGCUGUCCCUGCAGCGUGAGGAAGAGCUGGAGGAGGUGCCAGAGGAGACGCUGGCCGAACAUAACCUCAGCAGUGCUCUGGACAAGGUCACCGACGCGGAGGAAGCCUCCAGCUCUGAGUCAGAGAUGGAGGGGGAGGAGGAGGAAGAGGAGGAGCCAGAGCAGCAUGGGCAGCAUCCCGGUGCCCGGGGCUCGAAGCGGGCGGCCUGGGAAGAGACCCCGCAACCUGAGGAGAACCUGGCAGAAGUGGGUCCACCAGACAUGGGGGAGGCUGGGCCAAAGGGGGACCGAGAGGAGGAGGAGCAGGAUGAGGAGGAGGAAGAGGAUAUUGAGGAGGAGUCCAGUGAUGAGGGGGAGUACUGCCCUUGGGAGAUGGAGCUGCACUCAGGCCUGUGGCUUGAGAGCCUGGUGGAUGAAGAGGACACUGGUACUUUCAAAGCUAGGAACCUGCGCAUCCAGCAAGCUCUGCAGCCUGUCGACCCUCUAGCCGACGCCCAUCCAGGCCCCGUCCAGGCCGAGGGCCCCCAGGGGGGGGCCUCAGCCAAGGCCUCUGGGCCGUCGCUCUGCACAGUCCCUGCCCCCCCAUCCGCCCGUCAUGAGAUCGUGAGAGCGUGGUUGGACUCCCUGCCUGGAGAUGCCUAUGAGGAUGCCCUGGAAGAGGAAGCCAAGAGCAUGGAUGCGGAUGAGGGCCCUGACGUAUUUGAGGAUGAUAUUCCCUCAGAUGCAGAGGCAGAAGCACGUCUACACCAGUUGGAAGCUGGAGAUCCACUGCAGGAGGAUGAGGAGAAAUCUGUCAGCCAUGGUCGGGUCUCCAGUCUUGUGCAAUCCUCUAUUGGUCCAAUACAAAUGGAUGGUGAUGAUGUAGUCGUGGAGUCUCAGUUGGAGACCAUCCAAGAAUUUCAGUCUCCUUACUCACUGGCAACUUCCAGCAUGCACUUUUUCCCUGAGCCAUAUGUUGAAGAUACAACUAAACCCGAUGUGUACGUUCCAGACACAAGCGCAAAGCAAUCUCCUGUUGCCCCUGGGUCCCCCAUCCACUCGCAGCUUGAGCCGCUUCCGGACGCUGUCACUACAAAAUCGCCAACCAAACAGUUUUUUGCAUGUUCUCCAGCUGGGAAUCCCCUCUCCCCUAUCUGCACUCAGCCCCUGCCCGUUGAUGAGUCUGUCAGGACUCAAUCUGAAGACUCCCCUGUACGGACUCAGCCAGUGCCUACUAUUGCCUCCACACCACUGCCCUCAUCCCCAAAGGAAAAGGCUCAGGAGCCAAGUUUGCCUAACACCACGACUAGUCCUGUCAAAAGAUCAGACAUUAUUGAGGAGUUUUGGAUGAAGAGUGCCGAGAUCAGGAAGAGUUUGGGGCUCACUCCUUUAGAAAGAAGCAGUGGUCCACAGAAGCGCUUCUCAGUCCCCUUUGACUUGCUCUCAUCCAGGUUACACACUCCAGAUGAGGUACCAGAUGAAUCAAAACCACUGUUUAGUAGCUGUUCUCCCAUCCAUAGGCUCAACAUUACUGUAGAGGGACGGGUCGUCUCACCUGUUGACAAGGAGCCUAAGACCAUUGGCUCCGUCAAGAGGGCCCUUAGUAGCAGCUCUGGUCUGGGCCUUAAUGGCAGCCCGACUACCAGCCAGACAUUAAAUACUUCUGAUUCCGCUAUGCUGACUCCCCCUUCCAGUCCACCCCCUCCCCCACCCAAUGAGGAGCCGGCCACUCUCAGGCACAAAAAGCACCAGGUUGGUUGGAACAAUCCGUCUGAGCCAGCCGAACCAAUCACAAGAUCCCCACAAACCCCCGGCCCGUCACCAGGCCCAGAUAAACCCCCAGUUCCAUCUCCAACCCAUGAGAACUUUAAGCCUACAGCUAUGCUUGUACCAGCUCUCAGAACAAAACCAAUAUCAGCAGUUGUCAGACGAGAGAACACUAAGCGCAAGUCUUUUGUGGAGAGUGUGGAGGAGAUUCCGUUCGCUGAUGAUGUGGAGGACCAAUCUGAUGCCCGUACACCUAACACAAGCCAGAAAGAAAAAUUCUACACUCCACCCACUAGCAGGCCCCAGAAGGAGAGGCCACCUAUGAACCUGGCCCUGGGUGUGGAGAAUGGCACACCCAAGAGACACAGAGACAUUUCGGAAUUCUCUCCUGAAGCUAAGGGGAUUGCAGAAGAGCGAAUGCGGGCUAGGGAGAAAAACAUUAAAAGCCAGGCUCUCAAGGAUGCCAUGGCUAUGCACCUCACUAAGAUGAAGGAAAUGGAUGCUCCGAACGCGUCAUCAAAAGCAGCUUGGAAUGUGUCCUCUGACUCAGAAGGGAAAACAGAGUACACAUCUGUGGUAUUGAGUCCUCCUAAUGUGCUGGAAGCCAAGGUCCUUGAUUCCCAGAGGUUUGCAGAUACUUUGCCAGCGAGACUCCCCAGUAACUCUGGCAACCAGACCCAGGAUGGGAACCAGAGUGUUGAGGGAUCUGCAGCGUCUUCAGAGAGCUCAGCAGGGGGUAAGAUCAAGAAACGCAGCUCUAUCUUCUCUCCCCGCAAAAGCAAGAAAGAGAAGAAGGCCAAGAGUGAAGGGCGAUCCCCUGACAAACACAGCCAGGAAGAUUUGCCCAAGCACAAAUCUAUCUGGAAGACUGUCUUCUCAGGGUACAAGAAAGAAAAGAGAAAGAAAGAUGACAAAUCUUUGCCCAGCACACCUUCCAGUGCUUCAGCAGUGGAUUCUGAAAAGAAGAGAACUUCCCCUCUCAACAGAGCCUCGGAUGUCCAGUUGAGAAGAAACCUAAGCUUCUCAGAAGACUCUGACCUGUCUUGUGAUGAUGUGUUGGAGAAGUCUUCCCAGAGAUCUAAGGCAGAUUCUGUUAAUGUCCCUCACGCCCUGGCACUCAAGCGAGGGUACGCCAUAAAGAGAACCUACACGGAGGAGGAGUUGAAUGCCAAGCUGACAAGGAGGGUGCAGAAGGCCGCCCGCAGGCAGGCCAAGCAAGAGGAGCUAAAGAGGCUGCACCGAGCCCAGAUCAUCCAAAGGCAGCUGGAGCAGGUGGAGGAGAAACAGAGGCAGCUGGAGGAGAGGGGGGUGGCCGUAGAGAAGGCUUUGCGGGGGGAAGCAGGGAUGUGUAGAUGGUCUUAUGUUAGUCCAAAACAACACAAAAGGCGAUCAGACUAUUGGGGAGAGUCUAAUUACAGUGAAAUCCUGGACUUGCACCUGGGCGUCGAGCCCCCACUUCGGAUCCCUCGCCGAAGACCUUUCUCCUUCUGCCCAUGCUGUGUCACUGAAGGAAUGGGUAAGAAGGAUGACCCCAGACUCAUGCAGGAAUGGUUUAAACUGGUCCAAGAGAAGAACGCUUUGGUGCGCUAUGAGUCAGAGCUGAUGAUAUUUGCAAGGGAGCUGGAGCUGGAGGACCGGCAGAGCCGUCUGCAGCAGGAGCUGAGGGAGCGCAUGGCCGUGGAUGACCACCUGAAGUCUGAGGAGGAGCUGCUGGAGGAGAGACAGAUCCUGAAUGAAAUGCUGGAGGUGGUGGAACAGCGUGACUCACUGGUAGCUCUCUUGGAGGAACAGCGGCUGAGAGAAAAAGAGGAGGACAGAGACCUUGAAGCCGUUAUGCUCUCCAAAGGCUUCAACCUGAACUGGGCCUGAGAUGUAAACUGCUGACCUGGAACGAAGAAUACACCCCCCUCUAAUGCAAUAGCCAAAGACAUGCUGGCAGGGGGCUGAUCCACCCUCCUCACUUUCACGGAACAUGUUCAGUUUCCUGUACACAUCCUGUCCUCCUCAUACCACCAGGAUUGUUUACAUAUCACUUGUGCACUGAACAGGCCACCUUCACCAUAGUUUGCUUUUUCCUUUCAUGGAAGGGGAAAGAUUCUCAGUUUUUUUUAUUGCUUGUUUUGUUUUAAAUUUUGUUUUGCUUUUAUCUUUUUGAAAGAAGGAGACCGAGAUGGAAUGUUUAACCUGGAAGCCUGGAGCAAUGGGCAAGAAUUUUCAAGAAGAGGAAGCAUGCAGUGGAGCUGUCACUGGAUCCCCCCCAUACCAUAACUUAACACUGGUCAGCCUUGCCGCCAGUCACCUUCAUUGUGACUUAAUUGGCUGAGCCGGUAUGGGUGGGAUGGUUGUGUCCUGUUUGUCCAAUAUUCACAGGCUUGUCUAAGGAUGGACCACUUUUGGUAUAGUUGCUUUGUAACUGAAACUCCGUUUCCUUCAUUAAGGUUAUUGUAGAGGCUUGUUUUUCUCCAUCACUAUUAAAGAGGAGCUGGAGCCAUAGGUCUUUAUCCAUGCCCUCACAAGCCAUUAAAAGCAAGAACAAGGCUGAAGGUCGGAAGAGAGGAGGAUCUUCUAACUGCAGUAUGAAAUUUAACCUGGCAGAAUGAAUAGGGAUUAGGGCUGUGGUUAUGGUCAUCUGUCAUGUGACAAUAACAUCAGACACACCCCUCAAAAUCCUGAGUUUAUUCUAUACAAUCAAUAUUUUCAGAUGGUCACCUACAAAAGAAUUGAGAUUGACUUUUUUUUUUUUUUUUUUUACAUAUUUGGAUUUACUGGUAGCUAUUCGUGUUUUGAAUAAAAUGUGAAUCCUUUGUACAGUACAAAUAUAUAUAGUCAGACAUGCACGACUGGGUGGAAGCAUGUGGCAUACCGAUUACCCAGAACAAACCAUACAAAAGGUGGAUGAUGUUUUCAUAAAGCUCACGUGAUGUGACACGGGAAAGGUGACGUCUGCAACGUCCUGAUCUUUCCGUUUAAGCGCUGGAACAACAUGCCUUUUCUGUUGUAAACUUUCCAAGUUCCUUAUCACGUUUGUCUAUGCCCUUCGGUUUUACGGUUCACUCCUUAAAUAUUAGAAAUUCUAAUAAUAACACCCCCUCUUUACUCCACAUAAGAGUUCACAAUAUUAAAGACUGUUGACUUGCCUGAAUCGAGGCUGUUAAUUACAGCAUGUAUCAUUUAUUUUGGCAAAUACAAAAGAAAAUUCUGCCAAAUUGCGCAUCACUAUAUAUAAUGAAACAGAUGCAUAACUGUGCAUGAAAUGGGAUUUUGUACAGUCAAAAGGCCAAGCACAUGUUUAUAUGGCUUCAAGACAGAUUGUGAUAUGUCUGAUAGAAUAUUUUAUUUAUUAACAAGUCAGGUGGGAUGUAUAAUAUGUAUAAUAUAAAAUGUAAAAAAAAAAAAACCUAAUUUUUAAACUUGUGUCAACUAAAAUGUAAACGCUUGUAGCUUCGAUGCAUACACUAUUGGAUGUAUAUUGAAAAGGCAAUAAAAGCAAAACAGACGAUAUUUUAAGAA